AUGUCAGCUAGACCAUCUGGAUAUUAAAAAUUUAAAGAUGAGGAAGCAUUUGUUAGCAAUCGUCAAGAAAAAGCUGUUGACGUAAGUGCAGGAGCACUUGGCAAGGGAGCUGGAGCUGCAGACUUUCCCAUAGAUCAAAUACCUCCUAAUUUUGAGUUGGCAGAAUUGCAUAGAGUAUUAUUAUGUUGUUAAUUACUAGGAAGCAUGGAAUGUUGGUACAACAAAGCUAUCAAAACGAUAAAAGCGUAAUCUAUAGAAACAUUAAAAAACUGUAUCAAAUAACAAUGAAAAUGAACUGAUUGGAAAAAUAUGUGAUUGCUGUGCUCGAUAGGUGCCUAAUCAUUUACUUUCUAUUGGAUGUAACAAUAGGGAUUAUUCAUUUUUAGGAGCUGGUAUUUAAAUAUUUAAUUUUAGGAAUGCCCUUAUAUUUUGAGUACAUCAAAUCUUGUAUUUUGAUGCUUUUAAUUAUAUUUGUAACAUCAGGAGACUAUAAUAUUAUAACAAAUAUAGCAUUUGGUAAGUCAUGCUAGGUUUUGGAUAAAGAACACUAAGGCAAAGAUAUAGACGAGAAACAGUUUUGUUAACUUUCUUGGGCGACUUCAACAUCCCUUGCAAAUAAAAGAAAUGGAGAUUAAUUUAUAGAUUUGUAAUAAAUGUUAAACCUCAUUUCAAUGGUUACAUUAAUUUUACUCUUCCAAUAUUUCCGAAAAGAAUAAAGAGCUUUUGAUGCAGAGAUAGAUUCUUAAACUUAGUAUGCUUCUGACUUCUCAAUUUUAUUAAAAAAUAUUCCAACUGAUCCAACUGGUUUGUAAAAUGGAGAUUUUGAUGAGGAUUUGAAAACCUUUAUGGAAUAAUAUGUGCAAACAUAUCCUAAAUUACCUGAAAUUGUUGAUUAUGAACAAGAUAGGAAACAGUAUUAAAUAUAAUAGAAAAAACCAGUUACAGACUUAAAAAGAGUAGUAUCAGUUAACUUAUGUUAUAACUUGGAUGAAUAAUAUUAGCUUGAACUAUAGAAGUAAUAGAAAAUAGUAUAAAAACAGAAAGUAUUUCAAUAUAUUUAAUUAGAUCCUCUCUACAUUAUAUGGUUUAGGUAAAGAACCUUAAAGUUAAGAUGUUUUAAAUGAUCCUUCACUUGUUUCAAUUAAUACAGAGAUAUCAGUCAUUGAAAAUUAAUUAGAAGAAUUAGAAAAAAAAUUUAUAGAAGGCAAAGAUGUUAAAAACUACUUUUUGGGAUAGGCAUUUGUAACAUUUUAAUGGGAGAAUGAUGCUUAAUCAAUAUUAAAUGAACAUAAACUUUCAAAGUUCUAAAGAUUAAUAGGAAAGAAAAGCAAAUUAAUCUAUAGAGGAGUUCCUUUAAUUGUAGAAGAACCACCUGAACCAACUGAUGUAUAUUGGGAAAACCUUCAUAUUUCAACAAAGUCAAAGAUUCUAAGAAGAUUAUUUGGAUAUUCUAUUACAGCAAUCAUUUUAGCAAUUUGUGGAGGACUUAUUUAUUGGUUAUCUGCAAUCUAAGCAGAAAGUGCAGAGGAAUAAGCAGAAGCCAUUAAAAAAGGAGACUUAUCUCCUAAUUUGAAAGUCAAAGUAAUUGCCUAAGUAGCAUCCAUUUCUAUUAUUAUCAUUAAUACUUUAUUAGCUAUGAUCAUAAAGAAUGUAUCCUAAUUUGAAAGAUUUUCAACUCAAACUGGAUAUAACAUUAGUUUGGCAAGUAAAUCAAGCUUAGCAUAAUUCAUCAAUACUGCUGUAAUAACAUUUGCCAUUAGUACUUGGGUGACCAAAAAUAUAUACGGAACAGGAGGGCUUGUUUACAAUUAAUCAUAUGUUUUUGUACUUAACGCUAUCAUACCUGCUGUUGUUUCAUUUAUCGAUGCUGGUACUGUUACUAAAUGGGUGUUUCAAUAUUUGGAAAAGAAAAAAGGUAAUAAAUCUGUUAAGACAUAGAAGCAAUUACAUGAGUAUUAUUUAUUAAUUAAUAAUUUAGAUUGUAUGAAAGACCAGCCUUUGAUAUAUCAGUUGCAUAUGCAACAAUUUUGAAAAACAUGUAUGUAGUUGCAUUCUAUGCUUCUGUUAUUCCAUUGGCAUUAAUAAUUACUUGCGUUGCAUUAUUACUUCAUUAUUGGGUUGAAAAACUUAACAUUUCUAAAAGGAGAUCAAUUAAAUAUAACUACAGCUCAUAAAUGUCAAUAGAAAUGAUUGAACAAUUAGAGUUGGUCUUACCAAUUUAUUGUGUAAGCAUUUAUUUUAAAUGAAGGGAACCAAUUUAUGGUGGGAAUAUGCAUUUUUGGGAUCAAUCUCAACUGAAGCCAUUAUUGGAAUAUGCUUAGGUGUUGGAAAUGCUAUUCUACCUAUGCAUGAAAUAAAUGAAUUAAUUUUCCCCUUGUAAUCUGAGAUAGAUGAGCAUCUCCCAAUAUAAGAAGCUGAAGAAGGAUUCUUAACUGUAUAUAAAAUCUAUUAUAAUUUAUAAAGGAUUAUUGCAGAGAAAACCCUGCAACUGCUGAAACUGCUAGACAAUAAUAUAAAGCUAGAGUUGAAAAGCAUAAGCAACAAAAGUAAAGCAUGGAUAAAAUGUUUGGAGAUGCAUGAAAUAAAUAUUAUAGAAAAUAUAUUUAAGAUUAAGAAUAUGCC